CAUACUCCAGAACUAGAUCUUCAAAAUUUAAGCAUUGAUGGUGAAAUUGAGAUAUUCACUCAACUCCAGUAUGUUUCUUCAUCUUUUUCUUUUUAUAUUAUUAUUAGUGGUACAAAUAAGCCCGCAGCAAGCUGCUGCAACAGGCUCAAUAGUUGAGUUUCUUCCUGGAUUUGAAGGUCGCCUUCCUUUUCAUCUUGAAACUGGGUAUGUAGGUGUGGGUCAAGAAGAGGAAAAGCAGCUGUUCUAUUAUUUUAUUAAAUCAGAAUCAGAUCCUGAAAAUGAUCCUCUUAUAUUGUGGCUCACUGGAGGACCUGGUUGCUCUUCAUUCAAUGGCGUUGUCUAUGAAAUUGGGCCAUUAUAUUACAAACAAAAAGAGUACAAUGGGAGCUUACCAACACUUGGAGUGACUCCAAAUUCAUGGACCAAGGUUGCAAAUAUAAUCUUCUUAGAACAACCUGUAGAGACAGGAUUUUCUUAUGCGACAACACCAGAAGCAAUUAAUGUCACUGAUGUCGAAGCAUGCAAGCACGUCUAUGAAUUUCUACUUAAGUGGCUCGUUGAUAAUCCAGAAUUCAGUUCAAAUAGUUUUUAUGUGGCCGGAGAUUCAUAUUCUGGUAUCAUUCUUCCACGUGUUGUCCAACUGAUAUCAGAUGGAAUUGAAGCAGGCAACAAGCCUUUGAUUAACCUUAAGGGUUAUCUACUGGGAAAUCCUUUGACGUUUCCUGAAGAAAAAAAUUUUGUGAUGCCUUUUCUUCUUGGUAUGGCAAUCAUUCCUAAUGAUCUUUAUCAGUCACUGGUGCAAAAUUGCAAGGGAGAAUACAGAGAGGACUUUGCUCCCACUAAUGCUCAAUGCACCCAGGAUCUAGAGAAUGUGGACGAGCUGUUGUGGUAUAUUAAUGAUCAACAUAUUUUAGAACCCGUAUGUGGAUCAGAAACUGAAUCUUCAAGGCCAUUGAUAUCUGCAUUUCGAGGGAAAAAAAGAAGAUCUCUUGAGGAGAAUUCCAUCUCAUCCAGUUGUUAUGGAAGCUUUGUUGAUAGACACGACCUCUCAAAUAAAUGGGCAAAUGACCCUAGAGUUCAGAAAGCACUCCAUGUUCGAAAGGGAACUGUAGAUCAUUGGGCAAGAUGCAGGCAAAAUGGUAUAAAGAAAACCUACACAUUUACCUUUAUGGACAGUAUUUCAUAUCACAUAAAUCAUAGCUGUAAAGGCUACCGUUCACUUAUAUACAGUGGGGAUCACGAUAUGGGUGUACCAUUCCAAUCUACAGAAGCAUGGAUUAAAUCACUGAACUAUUCCAUUGUCGAUAAUUGGCGUCAAUGGACUGUUAAUGGUCAAGUGGCAGGUUACACAAGAUCAUACUCCAAUAAGAUGACCUUUGCAACCGUGAAGGGAGCAGGACACGUGGCUCCUGAGUUCAAGAGGGAAGAGUGCUUUAAUAUGUUCAAAAGAUGGAUAUCUCAUGAUCCUUUAUAGACUAUUGAAGUUAUUAGCCAGCAUUUGAUGCUCAUCUCUUUUUUAUUUAUUUUUUGUAAUCAUUAAGACGCAAUUGUUUUUUCUUUUCCUAAUAUUAUUCAUUGCAGAGCAUAUGUAGUUGCCCAACAUUGGAUGAGUCUACAGGCAAUUAAAACUUUUACUUC